AUUCCAUAUUUAUUUUGCAUGUACAUUAGCAGUCUGAUCAGCUUCUCGUGUAUGACAAAGGGGUUUCAUUUGCUACACAGCGUGAUGGAGAACACACGAGUACCAGUGCUGACCCUACUCCUUUUUGCGUUGAUAAAAGGUUAUUGGUGUCUGGAUGUAACCAUUAUUAAAAAUCCUGUGAAGAUUGGGGAUGAUGUGCUGUUUGAGAUUAACCCCCCCUCUGUGCCACAAUCAGGAUCCUGGAAUGCACAGACGAUGUUGGUUUUUUGGUUUGGCUCUAAUAUGAUUUCAGGUGUUGGAUAUAAAGGGAGAGUCUCUGUGAAUACUAGCACUGGAUCACUGACACUGAAGUCUGUAAGACUCAGUGACUCCGGAAAAUAUUUUGUUCAGGUUCAAACCACGGAUGGCUUUGAAUUCAGUGGAAAUACUACCUUGACUGUUUUUGAACCUGUCUCCCAACCAACAGUCCGCUCCAAUGUUACUAAUCCAGUGGAGUUCAAUGACACUGUCAGUUUGACCUGUACAGCCUCUGGUUCUGCCGUCUCCUACCAAUGGCUCAAUGGCAGCUCUGUGCUUAGUGACAGUGAGCGGAUUCACUUGAGUGAUGACAAUAAAACACUGACCAUACCCAGGGUGUUGAGAUCUGAUGAUGGGACCCUGCAUUGCUAUGUGUUUAACGCUGUCAGUAACAGCACCAGCGAGCCGUUUCAUCUCAUCGUGAGCUACGGGCCGGAUGACAUGACUAUAAACCCCCCAGAACCAAUCUAUAGCAGUGCAGGAUCAGACCUCACCCUGUCCUGCUAUGCACAGUCCAGCCCACCUGCUCACUACCAAUGGUUCUUUAAUGGAGCCCCUCUUAACAAACUGGGAUCACAGCUGAAUAUGGCUCACAUUGGACUCAAUCAGACUGGAAACUAUACCUGCUGGGCCUCUAACAAUAUAACCCUUAGGUAUGGUGAUGUAACAAGCAGCAUAACUGUUAUAGAACCGAUAACUAAUGUGACUUUGAACCCCACCCCUGCACAGCCAAUACUGAAUAACCCAUUCAAUCUAACCUGCGAGGUGUCUGGGUUAGGGUCUGCUGAUUCAAGGCUGUGGAUGAUGGAUGGUCAGCCCCUGUCCACUGAUAAUAGGAUAACAUUAUCAGUGGACAACAGCACGGUCUUCUUCAACCCAGUUCUACUGUCUGAUAACGGCAUAUAUCAGUGUACAGCUUCUAACCUUGUAAGCAAUAAGACUGGAGCUGGAUACAAAUUAAUUGUAAACUAUGGACCAGAGGAGGCCUUCAUUAAGGCACCAGACUUGGCAGCUAAUGGUUCAGCAAUAAAGUUAACAUGUUCAGCUCGCUCUCAGCCCCCCAGUGAAUACAACUGGUAUCUCAAUGGGCAACAGACUGCCAACGGCUCAGAAUACAAGAUAGAUCAUGUAAACUCUGAUAAUCAGGGAAUUUACAUCUGUGUGGCUUGGAAUUCUGUGACCGGAAGGAACAGUUCUGCCAUAAAGGAGCUUACAGUAAUAGACCUGAUAACUGAGGUUUCUGUGAACCACACCCCUGCACACCCAAUAUUAAAUGACAAUCUGAGUCUGACCUGUGCCGUGUAUGGAACCGUUGACUCAAGGCACUGGCUGAAGGACGGUCAGCCUCUGUCUACUGAAGAUGGAAUAACAUUGUCUGGAGACAACAGCACAGUCUCCUUCAACCCAGUACUGAUGACUGAUAACGGCACAUAUCAGUGUACAGCAAAUAACCCUUUAAGUAAUAAGACCAGCGAUGGAUACACACUGGUCGUCAACUAUGGACCCGAGCAAGCAUCCAUUACAGGACCACAUUUGGCAGCUGUAGGUUCAUCUGUAACAUUGACCUGUUCAGCUCACUCUCAGCCCCAUUCUGAGUACACUUGGUAUCUCAAUGGGACAGAGACUGCCCAGGGCUCACAUUACAACAUGAGUCCUGUGAGCUCUGCUAAUAGUGGGCCAUACACCUGUGUGGCUCGAAACUCAGUGACUGGAAACAGCAGUUCUGCUGUAAUUGAAUUUAUUGUGAUUGAACUGAUAACUGAGGUUUCUGUGAACCACACCCCUGCACACCCAAUAUUGAACGACAAUCUGAAUCUGACCUGUGCCGUGUCUGGAACCGUUGACUCAAGGCACUGGCUGAAGGACGGUCAGCCUCUGUCUACUGAAGAUGGAAUAACAUUGUCUGGAGACAACAGCACAGUCUCCUUCAACCCAGUACUGAUGACUGAUAACGGCACAUAUCAGUGUACAGCAAAUAACCCUUUAAGUAAUAAGACCAGCAAUGGAUACACACUGGUCGUCAACUAUGGACCCGAGCAAGCAUCCAUUACAGGACCACAUUUGGCAGCUGUAGGUUCAUCUGUAACAUUGACCUGUUCAGCUCACUCUCAGCCCCCUUCUGAGUACACUUGGUAUCUCAAUGGGACAGAGACUGCCCAGGGCUCACAUUACAACAUGAGUCCUGUGAGCGCAGCUAAUAGUGGGCCAUAUACCUGUGUGGCUCAAAACUCAGUGACUGGAAACAGCAGUUCUGCUGAAAUUGAAUUUAUUGUGAUUGAACCAGCAUCCAGCAUUAAUGUGGAACCCACCCCUGCAUACCCAAUAGAGAACAACACAUUCAGUCUGACCUGCAAUGUAACUUGGGCCGCUGACUCAAGGCUCUGGUGGAAGGAUGAUCAGCCUCUAUCCACUACUGAAAGGAUCACAUUGUCUGGAGACAACAGCACAGUCUCCUUCCACCCAGUACUGCAGUCUGAUAACGGCAUAUAUCAGUGUACAGCUUCUAACCCUGUAAGCCAAUUGACUAGCACUGGAUACAGACUGGUUGUGAACUAUGGACCACAGCAUGUCUCCAUUACAGGACCAACCUUGGCAUUUAAGGGCUCAACGGUAACAUUCACAUGUUCGGCUCACUCUCAGCCCUCUUGUGAAUACACUUGGUAUUUCAAAGGGAAAGAGACGGCCAAGGGCUCACAAUACAAGAUAUCUGCUGUAAGCACUAAUAAUAAUGGGAGAUACACUUGUGUGGCCUGGAACUCAGUGACCGGAAGGAACAGUUCUGCAAUAAAGGACCUUGUUGUGGCUGACCUUAAUGGUUCUGCUUCCUUGGCAUCUGGACAUGCAGUAGAGGUGGUGAUUGCUGUUCUGGUUCUUCUGCUUUGUGUUUCAGGUUAAAAUGCUGCAGAUGUGGACUCGGGGGGAUUGAAGAUCAUUGAGCUCCAGAGAAUGUAAUUGGAAGAAUCAAUUUAUUUAACAAGUUCUGAACAUUAUAUACAUAUAUUAUUAAUUGUUUUCCAACAGCCUUGAUUGCUUGACUUUGUAAUGUUUUUAAUUAAUGGACCUCCCCUCCCGCUUAUGGUUGUGACCCAAGCAUAGAAUGCCCCAUGCGUAAAGUAGAUAAUUCGAGUUGCAUUCCCAGGAUUAGCAUAAUGGCAUCUGUAUAAAAAGUAAUGCAUUGGUUAUACUGUAUUACAUUUCAAAGCUAAUAUUUCUUCAGUACACAAAGUGAAGCAGCUGCUGCAUUCUUAGCACGAGGGCUGUGUAGAAUAGAGAAGAGUUCUUUCCUGAAUCUCAUUCAAUCUAUACCUUAUCGAGUCAAAUCCGUGCUAAAAACCAAUGGAAUCAAUUGAUCAAAGUCAAUGGAAAAUCUGACUGGUUUUAAUCACUAACACUAAAAUGGGGGUUUUCCAGAUGAUUUUUCAUAACACAUUUAAAGAGUUAUUGAGUUUAUUAAAUGUACACAACAUUAUACCGGGCUGUUCAUACUUACCAAGGGCAUGUUCUGUAUUUUCAUUAAACUGCAUUGAUGUUAAUCCCUCUUUGGGAUUAUUUGAGACUAUUAAAGAUAGCAUUCAUAUCAGGAACUCUAAAAACACGCUAGUGUUGUCCAACAGGCUGUAUUGAAAAUGCCCCUUCAUUUAAGUUUAUAUAUAUAUAUAUAUAUAUAUAUAUAUAUAUAU